AUCCACCCCGACAUAAAUAUGAUCCAUACGCCAGCUUGGACUCAAAGCAGCCCACAAGUGCUGCAGGAGAUCAUCCUGUUUGAUGAUCGUAGCCAUGUAACGAGCCAUCUUCAGCUACACAGCGGUCCAUGCGUGGGUUCUAGAUGACAGAGUGCGAGCGAUCGGUUGCCGUCGACAGGGCCAAAAUGGCGGUCUCGACCCAGACACUGAUCGAGACAGAUGUCGCUCAUAAUCAGACAGUGUUCAUCUAUAUCAAGGCCAUGCCUUCGAAGCGAGGGAAUGAUUGACCCCGACUUCAGGAACGCAUCAGGCAUGGCCUUUCCUAAUCGGGAAGACCCUGCGUCACACCUUCAUCACGAGUCAAAGGCACCAUGCCACGUUAUAGACCGACAUUGUGCCUGGCUACAAAUGCUCCUCCGCGCAAUACUCUUGGACAAAGGCUAGACCCCGAGCUUGCACCUACUUACGACCGAACGACUUUCGUUUCGACACCCAGGGCUAAGCCUAAGACACUCCGGCAGGCUCUACUCUGGUCAGCAGAGCGACGCAGAAAGCGGCUCGAGCAGGAGCAGACACGCGGUACACGCUCUCCUGACGAGCAGCUAGCAGCCAAGGCGAGCAAGCAGCCUAGGCAACGCAUUGGACGAGCGCCUCUCGCCGUUGCCCUUCAGGACACCUCUGCUCGCACACUCAACGUCAUCGAGAGCAGCACUGGUCGCAAGAAGGACAAAACUCGCUCACAAGUUCAUCAGCAUUCAGACCAGACAGGGCCAUUGCGCAGACUGCGCUCGCAGCGAGUCCGCAUCGUCGCGCCAUAUCCUACAAGGCGUUCUGCUCGUAUAUCGAUCAGAAGGGCUCGCUCCCAAGUCUACCCGGCCUGUCUUGGCCCUGAUCCGCUCUCGGAACAGCAAGACUUUCUCGGACAGGCUCAAUCGACAAAGGAGAAACUCGUCGCUGAAUCUGCCACAAAAUCACUCGCACCUACGCAGACACGGGUCACCCGAAGCACAACUCUUGCGAAGCGAAAGCAGUUCGAAGCAGAACAAAUUCGGGACGUCUUGCAGCCGCACAAGCAGUCCAUCGAAGCAAGCAUGUUUGCCUGUUGGUGUGGCAACAAAUUCGCGCGCCUCGAACAUCUUGCACGUCACGAAAGGGUGCACACCGGCGCGAAGCCGUUUUCUUGUCACUGCGGUCAGCUCUUCAGUCGACUCGACAAUGCACGUCAGCAUGCGUUGCAGCGACACGCUGAUCAGAUUGUCUUGAAUGACAAGAUGAUGGAAGAGAACAAAGAGAUUCAUUCGCAAUUGCGACUAGCAAAGGAAGAAGCAAAUCGUCAGAACAAGCUCAUCAGACAGGGCGAGAUGCAAAGUCCCAUCCGCAGUCGUGUGUACCAUCCAUCGCCGUCGCCUGAUGUAUCGAUGUCCAUGCCAAACACACCGAUCAUCCAAGCCAAGCGCUACACGACGAGCUCUCCCGUGCGAAGCGCCUCGCAGUACUCGGAUUACAAAUGCUCCAAUUUCAUUGACUCUGAUUCCGAUUCGCCAUUCUUCCAUCAUCUUGGGACGCCAUCAACGCCCUCGCAGGCUCAGACGCUCUACAAUCGUCCGCAUAGCAGUAGCGGACGAAGCCAAGGACGACCCUGCUCAAGCGAUGGCAGGCCUCGCAGCAGCAGCUCCUCGUCGAGCAGAAUCACCUUGCCGUCUAUUUCUAGCCUGAUCAUCUCUGCCAAUGGGGACAUGCAACGUCGAGGUCGCGGCUUACUGAUCUCAGACAUUGGUCGCGGCGCACCCUAUCGUAGCCGAUCCCAAGGUUCGCCCUCGAGCGAGGGGCAUCGCUUCCAAACCUAUCGUCCACAUCGCUAUGAAAGGGGCAUCGGACGCUUUGCUGAGGGCUACCUAUCGCCUACUGCGCUGCGAUCAGCUAGUCCGGCGAGAGCAGACAUCGGCCGCGCUUCUCGCUGCUCGCCACUCAUUCAGCCGGGUGUAUUCGAGCAGGCGAAUUCGACACAGCUGGCGCAGGAUCUACCAUGCUUCUCUUCACACAGCGACUCAAUGGAUCGCGACGAGAACAUGCAUGAUGGCUAUCUCGGACCACCUGCGCUUAUCGACUCGAUCUCUGCAGCCUCCAGCUCAGUAGCGACUCCCAGCCCUGUUGCCCAGCAGGACUGCUUUGAUAAGAGCCAGCUAGAGCACGCUCGAGAUACCUCCGUCGAUGGCUUGGCAGCAGCGGCAGCCAUCGUCGCGCUAUCCGGUGAUACACACCUGCCCGCAUCGCUUCGCGUCAUCUUGUCUUCUUGAACUGGUAAGCUUGACACGCACCCUCACGACCCUCCACGUAUGCGCGCGCAAGCUGGCCUUGCUGGCAUUUUGUUUUCAAAUUGCAUGACGAGCCUCGGCUGCACACGCG